AUGGAACUAAGAGAGGUGGUGGGAGUGGGGUGGUGUUGGCGGUGGUGCAGCGGUGACAUAGGGUGGUGCGGCGGCGAUCCUUGGUGGAGGCAGAGAGGGUUUGGUGUUGCUGGGUUAAGGUUGGGGUACAGGGAGGGGAAGGGGGGUUCGAGGGUUGUGGGGCAGAGGGUGGUUGUGAUGGUGGGAGGUGGUGCUGGGGGCGGGUGCUGGUGGUUCGCGAUAGGGGGCAGUGGCGGAAGGAAAGAAGAGAGGGAAAAGGAGGGGAGAAGGAAGAAGGAGUGGGGUGGGCGCCACGGUUGGUCUGGGUGGUUGGCACUGGGGCGACGGUUAGGGGUGGUUGGCGGUGGUGAUGGGUGCAGAGGAAGGAGGGAGAGAGAGGAGAUGGGGUUAGGGAAGGAGAAUGGGGACGCAGGAGGGGAUAGGGUUUCGCGUCAUUGGGGUUAG